AUGUCUUUCUUGAGCCACUCUGUUCCAUGUGACGCCUGCCACUUGUCUGAUUCAUCAGGCGAAGACACGUCGAUUGUUGAACAGAAAUAUGAUUCUGAGGACGCGAAAUCCGAGCACCACAGGAGACCAACAAAGAUCCCACUCAACUUCAGGACCUGGGAGACUGUAGGGAAGAAGACCGAUUCGGACGAGACAACUUUUAGGUUCAAAGUGGUGUCUUACAAUGUACUAGCGCAGUAUUUGUUGGAGUAUCAUCCGUAUCUCUACAUUGAUUGCUCUCCGAGGAACUUAAAGUGGAAACACAGAUCUAGACGUCUCUACCAAGAAAUUCGCAGACUGUCACCUGACAUACUGUGCCUCCAAGAAGUUCAACUGUCGCAUCUUGAAACGUUCUAUUCUAAAUUCGAAAACAUCGGGUACCAAGGUGUCUUCAAACAGAAAACCGGAGACAGGCAGGACGGAUGCGCUAUUUACUUCAAGAAGUCUUUAUUUGAUUUGGACGAUCAAAUCAGCGUUGAGUUCUUCCAGCCGGAGCUGCCUAUCCUCAACCGUGAUAAUAUCGGUGUGAUUGUAAAAUUGUCGCCGAAGGAAUUGCCCGGGUCUUCCAUAGUCGUUGCCACAACCCACUUACUCUACAAUCCGAAGAGAACGGACGUACGACUAGCACAAAUAAAAAUAUUACUCGCCGAGAUCGAUAGAUUCGCUUAUUUCAACAAUGGGAGGGAGUCCGGCCAUUUUCCUGUUAUACUGACAGGUGAUUUCAACUCCACCCCAGAAAGUGCUGUGAUAAAAUUAUUAGAUAGAGGACGCGUUAGAGCGAGUUCACUACGAGACAAUUCGGAUUGGAAACGAAUCGGCGUCACCGAUAACUGCCAGCACUUGGCCGUUUAUUUAAACCGAGAACAGGGAUAUCCAUCGAAUUUCAACAAAAUUAAGAUACACAACUCGGAAUACGCUUUCGACUCGGCCGACGCGGACGAGAGUGAUUACUGGAAUGAUGCUCACAAUCGGAUGUUCAACAGUGACGUCAUAGGUCACUCCCUAAACCUGAUCUCUGUUUACAACAAGUUCAAGGCGGACGGGCAAAUGGAGGCCUCCACUUUCCAAGACCAUUGGGUCACGGUCGAUUACAUUUAUUUUAGCUGUUGCAGCGGUCUCCGUCUGCUCGAGCGUCUGCGGCUGCCGACGGCCGCGGAGUGCGGCGUGCUCGGUACGCUCCCGAACGAGGUGUACCCCUCGGACCAUCUGGCGACCGCGGCCGUGUUCGAGCUGAGGCGGUUCCGCUACGCCUCCUAACACGCACGCUUAUGUGAAGCCGCGACUGAGACACGUACGGACCGCUCAUUAUCAUUAUAUUGUAGAAUAUAUUCGAGGUUGAAUAGAUAAAAAAAACUACAUUUUUUUCAAAAGUAUUUCUAAGUAUCGAAGGAUAGUAUUAUGAAAAGCCAGUAAAUAAAAAAAAACUAAAAA